AUGGCCGCCCCUGCUGCGCCGAGGCUCGCCAGGGCACUCUCGACUGCUCCAGCGAGGAAACGCCGCGUCGUCUUCUCUGGCAUCCAGCCCACGGGCGUCCCUCAUGUCGGUAACCACCUCGGCGCCCUCGCCCAGUGGCAGCGCAUCGUCAAGGAGGCCGCCGCACAGCCCGCCGACUCGCGCGACUCGCUCUUCUUCUCUGUCGUCGGCUUGCACGCCCUCACCGUCCCGCAGGACCCGAUCCGCCUCGCCAUCGAGCGCCGCGACAUGUUCGCCGUCCUGCUCGCUCUCGGCCUCGCCGACCCGGCAGCAGGCGCCGUCGUCUUCCACCAGGACCAGGUGCCGGAGCACGCCGAGCUCGCAUGGUACCUCAACACGGUGACGCCCGUCAACCGCCUCAUGCGCAUGACGACCUGGAAGUCCAAGCUGGCGACGAUCCGCAACGCCAACUCGGAGGACGAGAUCGACGACUCGAUGCUGCAGCUCGGCCUCCUCGCCUACCCGGUCCUCCAGGCUGCCGACGUCCUCCUGUACAAGACCUCGCACGUCCCUGUCGGCCACGACCAGUCGCAGCAUCUCGAGCUCGCGCGCGACCUCGCCCAGAUCUUCAACCGCGCGUACCCGGGCCGACGAAAAGACGGCAAGGGCAAGGGCAAAGGCGUGUUCAGGGUGCCCGAGGUCAUGCUCACCACACACCCUCGUAUCCAGUCGCUGCGCGACCCUGGGCAGAAGAUGAGCAAGUCGGCGCCGCACCCGUCGUCCAAGAUCUUCCUCACCGACUCGGCGUCCGAGAUCCACGCCAAGAUCAAGUCGGCCGUCACCGACUCGACCGCCGGCGUGACGUGGGACCCGGCCAAUCGCCCCGGGAUCGCAACGCUCCUCCAGAUCUACGCGGGCUACUCGGACCGCGCCGGCGGCGUCGAGGAGAUUGCGGCACGGUACAGCGACGCCAUGGGCAUCAUGCGCCUCAAGACCGACCUCGCCGAGAUCGUCAGCGAGUCGCUCAAGGGCUUCCGCGAUGAGUUUGCGCGCAUUCGGACCGAGGAGGGCUACCUGGCGGCCGAGGAGCGUCGGGGAGCGGAGCGGGCGCGAGAGGCGGCCCAGGCGACGAUGCGCGAGGUGCGCGCUGCGGUGGGCACGACCUGACGGAGGGACUGGGCCAUCUUUGUGUAACUCUCUCGCACCCUUGCAACCUGCGCCGUCUCGC